AUGGAGAAACACGACGAUGCGGACCCUACCUUCUAUCCCGCAUUCUGCUUCAAGGCGUCCCCAACACACUUCGCCUGGGUGAAAAUGGCGCUGGCAGAUGUGCACAAGCUUCAUAGACCGGAAGGUUUCAAAGGCCAAAGCCUAUUCUUCUACAAGAACCACCCAAUCACCUUCAUCAGCGUGGUAGGCGUAAUCGUAGCCAGGAUUGAAAUCACCCGGCGAACGAUCCUCACCAUAGACGACAGCAGCGGCUCCACGGUCGACAUUGUAAUUUUACAAGCGGAUCCAAAGGAAAAAAUCACAACAGAGAAUAUCGCGCAGGUCCGAGUCUCAUCAUAUCCGACCGCAGCCAGCACGGCCUCAUUCAAUCUUCCAACGAAGCCACCAGCGACCGCAGACCCUGAUCCCUCAGCGGAAGAACCGCCCGAUCUCCUAGCCAUGAACCAGAUCGUGCAUGUAUCCGCCACAGACAGGACAAUAAUCGACAUAUCAAAACUAGUCCCAGGGACCACGGUCAAAGUCAAAGGCACGGUGAAUCGAUUCCGGUCAACGAUGCAGGUGAAUCUGGAGCGAUUCACGCUCGUGCAUGACACGAAUUCCGAGAUGCAGUUUGUCGAUGAGAGACUUCGGUUUUUGGUCGAAGUCCUUUCCGUGCCGUGGGUUCUACUUGAUGAGGAGGUUGAGGUGUUGAGGCGUGAGGCUGAGAGGGGUGGGUUGGAGGUUGCUGAUGAGAGGAGGAGGGCUGAGAAGAGGGUUAGAAUGAGGGCGGAAAGGGAGGAGAGGGAUCAGCGGCAUAUACAGAAACGGUAUGAGAAGGAGGAGAGGAAGAGGGCUAAGGCAGCUGGGGCUUGUAAGGAGGAUGGGGUGAAGAUUAUGCACGAUAUUCGCAAGAAAAGAGCCCUUUCUAUACAGGGGGGGGGUUCGGGGAAAUGA